AUGACACAAAAGUAUUAUAUUCUUAUUGCACUUUGCAUUGCAAUGACCAUUGUCUCGGCACAGUACGAACCAAACUGGGCGAGCAUCAACAGUAGACCAUUACCAGAAUGGUAUGACGAGAUCAAGUUUGGUAUCUUUGUACAUUGGGGAACUUAUGCUGUUCCAGCCUUUGGCAAUGGUACUGGUGGUGAGUGGUAUUGGUAUUGGUUGGAUACUUUGGCCGAUGGUGGAUGGGUUAGUGCUUAUCACAAUCGAUCAUUUGGUCCAGACUUUACCUACCAAUCAUUCGCCUCAAUGUUUACCGCACACCUCUUUGACCCUGAGGCUUGGGCCGACCUGUUUGCACGCUCCGGCGCCAAGUACGUCGUGCUUACCAGCAAGCACCACGAAGGCUACACCAACUGGCCAAGUGCACAAUCCUGGGGCUACAACUCUGUCGAUGUGGGUCCUCACAUGGACCUGGUUGGCGCCUUGACCAAGGCUGUCAAGGCAAGAGGAUUGCAUAUGGGUCUCUACUUCUCACUCUUUGAAUGGUUCAAUCCAUUGUACCAAGCUGAUGCAGCAUCAGGCACACCACCCAAGACCGACAUUUACGUCACAGACACCAUGUUACCACAACUCUAUGAUAUUGCCAACCGUUACGAGCCAGAUAUCAUUUGGCCUGAUGGAGAUUGGGUCCAACCUUCAAGCUACUUCCAGUCGACUGAGUUCUUGGCAUGGCUGUACAACAACUACACAAACAAGGAGAAUGUUAUUGUGAAUGAUAGAUGGGGUAGUGAGACAAGAGGCGUGGACGGUGGUUUCUGGACCGAUGAACAGUUCACCGCUGGCAAGCUCGUGCCACACAAAUGGGAGACCUGUAUGACAAUCGGAUACUCAUGGGGCUACAACCAGUAUGAGGACGCAGGCAACUACCAGACCGCUGCUGAGUUGCUCCAAGUCCUGGUCGAGACCGUCAGUUGUGGUGGCAACCUGUUGCUCAAUGUCGGACCGACCAAGGAGGGAAUCAUCCCAAUCAUCAUGCAGACACGUCUGUUGGAGAUUGGUGAUUGGCUGGCGAUCAAUGGUGAGGCCAUCUACGGAAGCAAGCCAUGGAGAGUACAGAAUGACACCGCCUCCAUUUGGUACACUUGGAAUGCUGGUACCUCUGAUCUCUACGCAAUGAGCUAUGACUGGCCCACUGACAGUGUCCUUCAGUUGCAAUCCCCUGUUGCCAGUGCAGCCACUACCAUCACUCUGCUCGGAUACCCACAGACCAUAUCAUUCACGCACUCCAAGGAGUCAGGCAUCACCCUCAAGUUGCCACAGCUCACUCCAUCCCUGUACCCUCUACCACCCUACACCUUCAAAUUGACCAACGCCAAGUAA